GGUGCUCGUCUAAAAAACGAUCGCGCUUGUAAGUAGUACGUUUUCGAUGGUUUUCUGCCUCAAAUUUUAGAGAUGGCGAACUUCAUGGACAGGCAAACAACCCUGACGCGGCUGUCCAAAUUGCAGCAAGAAAUACAGAAAUUAACAGAUUCUUUGACUUCUCCAAAGUCAUCAUCAACAUCAUCCAAAUAUGAAAGCAAAGCCACAUCUGAGCCUACUCCAAGGUACACCAGCGAGCUUGAGGCUAAAUAUCUCGGAAAAGCCUAUGAUAGCUCCAAGUUCUCCUCUACGGGACGGCGGCCAUCAAAAAGCAGUGGUGUAAAUCAAAGUUGGCGUGACAAUCGGUCGCCGCGAAACCUUGACGAUCGGUCUAACUUGGCUUCGAGGUCAGCCACCUAUUCGGCAGAAUCUUUCCAUGGGAAUGGGCACAAGAGCUUCACUUUUAAUCGAUCUUCAUACACUGGGAGAGAGUAUAAACAAUAUCCAGCCGCUAAACCGUCCAGACAUGAUAGCUACAGUCGUAGUGAGUCACACGGAGAGUCUUACCUGGGAGGCCGUCAAAAAGUGCCGCCCAGUAAGAGAUCUUUGUCGCACAGCUCUGUUGAAUAUUUGAGCAGUGCCAGGAGGCUCAAAGAGAUUGAAGACAAGUACUUGAAGCAUGCCCCUGGACUAUCAACUUGGCAGACCGCACAGUCAAGCAACUCGGCAGCUCUGAGGUCUUUGCUGCCAAUGCCCAGCUUGUCUACUUGUACUUCAGUCCCAUGGAGCAGGAGCCGGAGUUAUCCAAGCCCUAAAGACAGUUCUCACAGGUCAGGCUACCUUGUCGGAUCAUCGUCACCAAGUCUGAGCCUUUCUUCUAAGGGAAAAUCAAGCAAAUAUUCCUGGAGACCGUCGACGCAUGCCCCAAGAUCCCAGACCUCCCCUGCAUCCAGAAGUCACAGCUCUGGACGAAGUUCCACCUCAUCCAGGCAUCACAGCUCAAACACCCAUGGGUCCAAGUACCGUUCUGAGUCAUCAAAGAUGACAUCAUCUUCAUCAAGGAGGCACGGGCAUGAUCCAGAUCGCCACUCCUCUCGUUACAGUUACACCAGCGCAGCGUCUACAGCUAGGCCGUCAAGCACCCAUAGUAGUUCCUAUUCUACCUUUCGAUCGAUGCCACAAGUCAAGCCUUCUAGCAGUGUGCGGAGAUCUACCCAUCACACUUCUGCCCCAGCAAGAAGCCAUGGAUUUUCAAGUCAUAGAGGCCCUGGUUACAUCAGUAGUAGAGGUCGCGGAUUUAGGAGUUCAAGGGGUCGUGGAUCACCACGGGGCAGAGGAUUUGCCUAUCGUGCUUCAAGAGGGGCAGUGACCUUCAGAGGUCGUGGGGCAAGAGGAUACAGGCCAUUUGCGUUCAGAAGUCGUUCAUCCGGAAGGAGCAGGGGGAGAGGCUUUUACAGAGGUCAAAGUUCAUUUGGCUAUAGGUCAGGUACUGCAAGCGCUUGGAGGGUACCACACAGGAGCAGCUACAAUAGAAAAGCGACUUCCAUGUCUCCCAAGAAGUUGUCAACAAGUAGAAGCUUCAGCUCGCGCUAUGCCUUGAGGAGAUCUCUGGGAAUAAGUGCCCGUGACAAACCUCUGUCAUUCAUGGAAAGGAGGAGGCAAACAGUGCUGAGUAAUACACCGGUUCCUCUGAGAUCAAAGUACAACCUGGUCAAAGGUCAUCGCAGUGUUGUCCGGCCGGUGUCAUCCUUGAUGUCGUUGGCAAGGACAGUGAGGAAGACGUCUGACGUCAAACGGCUCGUCACUGUCAAGAACACGAAGACAAAGCUCAUCAGGCGAGCAGAAGGUGAAAGAAGGCCAUCGGGGUCCCUGGUUAACCUGGGAGGUAGUCAGUUUAAGCUCCGCAUCAACCGUUACAGCAAGGUCUUAUACCGCAUUCCGUCUGGCACCCAUGCUGCACCUUCAGGUAGCCCCAUGAGCACCCCUAGAAGCACCCCGAGCACUUCCAAGAAGACCGCAGAGACUCCACGUCACACCUCAAACCAAGGUCGCAAGCUUAUGUUGAAAUCUUCCACCCCCUCUGUCACAAGAAAAGUAGCCAGCCACGUCUUACAACGAAGCAUUUACAUCAGUCUCACUGCAAAGCAGCGCACUAAGAAACAAUCCCAGAUGAAGCAGUACUGUAUGUUUUACAAUCUGUAUGGUCGGUGCAAGAGAGGAGAUGCUUGCCCGUACAUACACGACCCUGAGAAGGUGGCUGUCUGCACUAGAUUUCUGCGUGGCACCUGCCCCAAGACAGAUGGAUCUUGCCUCUUCUCUCACAAAGUUUCCAAAGAAAAGAUGCCGGUGUGUUCCUAUUUUCUGCGCGGCAUUUGCAACAGGGACGACUGCCCAUACUCACACGUCAAGGUCAGCAGCAAAGCCAUCCCGUGCUCGGCAUUCAUCAAGGGUUACUGUCCUCUCGGUGAAAAGUGCAAGAAGCAGCACGUCCUAAGGUGCGUGCGGUUCAGCAAGACGGGGAAAUGUGACAAAGGAAAGGAUUGUCCCUUGCUGCACAAGAAAGAUGCGGUCAACAGCAGUAAGAGCAGGACCAAGGCAAAGAUGGCCACAAAGCGUUCUGGCCAGAUGGAUAAAACAGAUACAAGAACACCAGCAAAGAAAGUUAAAAGGGCAGAUGAAAGCACCAACACUCCAUCAUUCAUCAAGUUAUCCUCAAACAGUCCACCAGAAAAAACAGCGUCCUCGGAGUCUAAAACAGGAGAGGCAACAGCCAACAAGGCAGAGGCAAUGGAAGGAACGUCCUCGCUGACAAGUGGAGAGGUUGGCGGUAUCAUUCCAUCUUUCAUCAAGCUGUCCUCUGUUGAAAGGGCUAAGGCGGCCUCAACAAGUGGUGCCAGCAAGCGAGUGGGAGACACAAAGGCAGAAGAUGACUCUACAAAUCUGUCUCGCAUGCGGACAUCAUCCAACGAUCUCCCGCCUGUUGGAGCGGCCCCUUUCAGCCAGAGCGAUUACCUGGAACUUUUUGACGACACACCAAUAUCCCACCAUUCAUCCCAGGAUGGCCCUGUCACGUCGCCCUCUGCAGUCAGUACGUGCACCUUGACACCCACCAAGCACACCUUCAGUUCCAAGGAGGAGGUGACAGCGCCCUCUCCGUCAUCCGAAGGAGUCGGCAGCAGCACCAGCUUCCCCUCAUUCAUCGAGCUGUCAACUUGUGACACCCCUCUGAUCAGAUGGAGGAGCCCGCAAACACCGAACAGCAAGCUUACAGUAGGGAAAGGGGACACCAAGCUGUGAUGAUAUUUGACUGAAUGUUGACUAGAGGCACAGGGGCAAGGUGCAUCACUGUCAACCAGUAGUCCACCAGUGUGCCUUUCUCAAACUCACCCGCCCCCCUUGUCUUCAGAGCCUCUAGUCUGCCAACGAAGCCAUAGUGUUCCAGGCCAGUGAAUAGGCCUCACGUUGCUCACAUCAACCCAGUCACAAUUUGCAUGCACUCAAAUUCUCUGCUGUUGGAGCAGUCUGCGGUCUGUGAACUGAGGGCUUUUCAUAAAGAAGACUGAACCACAGACAGGACUAAAGUACCAGCUUGCGUGCCUGAGAAAUUGGAACAAAAUUUGAGCCUUCCAAAUGGCUGUGUCUUGCAGUGGAAUUUUUUUUAUCAGUUUUAAAAUGGUGAUGGGCUUCACAACUGUUCUUCUAGGGGUGAUCAUCUCAGGAUGGAGAUAUCUUCACAAGUCAUCGAUUAACCCGUCAACAAUUUAAAAUGAAAAGAACAAUGAAGAAAUAUGUUUCAAUUUGAUAUGCGCUGGAACACCUGAGAAACUUGUAUUUUCCAAAUUUUUGAAGAGGGAGAAUUUAUCAUUGUUGUCAAUGGCACUUUAUUCACCAGUGUGCAAUCUUACAUGUAGCUGUGACAAUGUUUUUUCCAUUACUCUUGACCCUUCACCUUCCACACCAGCCCAUCCUUUGACCCCUCCCCUUUAACAAUUUCCUGUUUGGUUGUCGGAGCAUUGCCAAUUCAAAGAGGUUGUUGACCCAGAAUUGAUUUGUUGUUUUCACUCCAGCUGGGGGUUAUUUCAACCGCAAGUGGCAGUUUUGGUUUCUAAAUUAAUUUCAAAUUAACAAAAAAGAUGUGUCUAUCGAUGGUUUGCCACAGUGUUCAUUGAUCCUGGGUGCCUGGUGAACCUUUGAUUCUCAGAAAGUCUAUUAUUAAAUGCCACUCUAUUUGCCAACAAAAGGUUGAGUUGUGAAGGGCAUCGGUCAGGUUUAGAUGCGGAAAGCUCUUGUAGGCGUAAUUUCCUUGAAAUCCACCCCCUCUCCUUGAAACCAAUCCCCAGUGUGCUCUUGGCAAUGUGCUCACACCUAGAAUAUUCUUUAAAGGAACCUUUCAAACUCAACAGACGUUUUUCUCAGUUUGUAAAAUAACAUCAUCCUGUGAUACUAUGCAAGUUUGUAAAGCAGCAAGGAACACAGAGAAAAUUUGUUUAAGAAUGCUCAAAUCAGUGCCCCAAAUCUCUGUCAUUGAGUGUAGGAGGGGAUGGGGAAUGACCCAAAGCAAAAUUUUGCGGGGGAGGGGGGAGUAAGGGGGCACUUACAAAAGAGUAGGGGGGCACUUUUCACGAUACAGAUAUGCAUUUACUUAUUGUGUAAAUACUGGUUCCACUGCGCUAAUACCAGUUAGUACCGUAAGGGCCUCAACAUACCAAAAUGGGAAACUUACAGUUUUUCUGUUAGCUGUGAUUUCCAGUGCUGUUUUAGUACAAGUGUACAUUUCGUGGCUGUUGAAAGGCUAACAAUUACGGUACUUCAUAAAUCUGCAGUUUUUGUUUCUUACUGCCCAAAAAAAAUUAGGGGUGAUGGAAGAGAAAUGAUCAGAUUGCUGCCAUCAAAACUGGGCAAGACACUGAUUUCCUUUGCCUCCCCUCCCUAAUGUGCACCUCUGGAUGCCGUCCUGCAAAGCAGGUCCCUGUGAACCACCACAUUGUUCUCAAAAAUGGACAGGUUGAUUUCACCUCUUUUUGACCGCUGUCGACGUCUUCAGUUCCAUCAGCGUGCAGCUAGCUGUAGACUGCAGAUCCGGGUGCUUGCAUAUACACACACCCACAUCGGGUCACAGAGAACCCAAUUAACUUGCCACUUCUGACCUGUCAUCUUGGGGUGGGACACAAUCAGGGCAUUCCUCCUUCCGUUCCAUGAAAACCUCCAGAAGCUGAUUCCAGGCUGCUUCUCAGUUUACAUGUACGGCUACGGGUGCAAAUAAGACAGGCACUUGUGCAGUGGAAGCCAGUCAGCCACUGGCUUGUGGCUGUGGCCAAGUUUCACAGGCAUGUGUUUCUCCCAGCUGUGCAGCUCUGCUCUGUUGAUUUGAACACUGCCUGAAUUACUUGUCCAUUGCUUGAAAUUAUGCAUUUAGUCUAUGGUGGUGGCUGUAGCCGCUUCUCAUAGAGUUGUGAGCAACUUCGAGCCGCAGCCAAGUAAUCUGGACGCGGCUUUGUUGUUGCACAACACUCAACAUCAUACAUGGGUUUGUGUUGAAAAAAAGUCCCUCAAAGUGUCUUUUUGUUACAAGAAAGAGGCUUUCAGUGGCAUUGGCCACAAUCUUGAAAGCAAAACAAAGGUUCAAAAGCCACAUAUAAAAAAACGAAGGUAAAGGAGAAAUGACAUCGUCAAUUUCAGUCAUUGCUUCUUCAUAAGAAAAAUUGAUAAACGUUUGGUAUCAUUGGUGAUGACCUCUUACAUGCAAAACUUGUGUCAGCUACAGCAGUGUAAUUUUGGGCACAACUGCACAACGGAUUACCCUGGAUUAUUUGCCCCCUUGAGUCAAUUUGAUAUCAGAUAAAUUGGACAGGCAGUGCUAUUUCUGCACAGGACAAGCUCACCAGUUGCCCCCAAACACAAGCUGGUCCAUGGCUGUCCAGAGACUGUAGAGCAAACUAUGAAAAUUAGCAAGUUCGAUUUGACCUUCAGGCUUGAGCCACAUUAUCUGUAGGGUUCCACAGGGAAUGUUUAAACAAGAUUAAUGCAGCUGGUGUGUUGCCAGGACAAGUCUGUCACACAAAAUGUUUUAGGGACCUUGGAAAUGCCAGCAGUUAAAAACAAGGCCAUCUCAAUGAAAGGAAUUUCUGUUGGGAAGCAGCGCUCAAAGAGAUCAUUUUAAGGCCCCCAAAAAACACCUAAGUUCUAGCUAAUAACUUGGCUAGGAGGGUCAAGUUAAGAGGAAAAUUUUCACAAGCACUUGCCACAAACUUCUGUUUUUCAAAACAUUUGUCAGAGCUGGGAUGAACAUUAUAUAUCUUCAGGGGUACUUCCAACUGAGCCAAAAAAAUCCCUUCCACCAAAACACACCCUCAGUAAAAUGGUAAAAACUGUGAUCAUAAAUAUUACACCAGGCUGUUUAGCUGGCUCAAAUUCUUCAAAUUCAGCCCAUUAUUACGCUUCUUUGGUGACAACCGAAUCCUCUCAACCAACCCAGAUUUGUUAUUGAAGUUGAUUCAAUUCCAGUUUCCCCAGCUCUUGGUAUUUGAGCCAAUAUCCACAUCCCAAGCAGCAUUUAGUCUCUGAUGACAGGUGCCAUGAUGACCCCCUUGGGGGCCGACAGGGCAAGCAGACCAAGCCAAUCCCUCACAGGGUCCCUCAGCAGGUGGAAUCCCUCUUAAAACCAAACACAAUAAUCAGGCCCUUGAUUUAUUCCUGAAGGAUGGUGAUUUGGUAAGCUUUGAAGACACCAUGAGGACACCCUGUUUUCCCCAUUUUUCAGUCCUGGAUAGAAAGUUGGACUGUUUGAGCUUAGUGAGUCCAUAAAAAAAAUCCAAGGACAACUGAAUGCAUAUUGUAGAGAAUGCUUUCUUGGGAAAGAAGUUGACAAUGGGGGGUCAAGGGAAUAUCAGAAGCUUCACUUAAUAUGUAGGCCUAGUCUUUUUAUUUACUUUGGUUUUUAAAUGCCCUGUCAUUUUAUUUUUUCAACUUGUUCAAGAAACCAGAUUUUGCAUAUUACAGUACAAACAAAUACUUGUAAACUUAGCAAACUUGCUUAGCAAGAAAAAGGUUACAGGCAAAAUACAUAUUUACAUGUAGGGCCUAUACGGUACCUGCUUUUUGGUAACUGGUCCCCAGUCAAACUGGAAACUCUGUUUAGGAACUUUUUCGGCUCAGAAGCCCCAGGAAAUUUGCCUCAAGGGUUUAGGUCAAGCUUACCACAGGUUGUUCACUCCAUAUUUGGUAACCUGUGCAUGGUAGCCCAGCAGCAACACUCAGCCCUCCGUUAGCUCUUCCCCAAAGCCACAGACCUCAUCACCCAUACAGUGUUUGUGUUCCCUGCACAGUUGAAUCAAGGCAAUGUCAGUCACAUCAAUCUCUAGGCAUUAUCCAAAAUCUUACAGUUGAGCUCAUGUUAAUCUGCACUGGGGGAGGUAGGGUUAAAUUAUUGUAGUCUUUUUGUACCAGCAUUGUUCACAUCUAGAGGGGCAUGCACAGUACCCCCCUCCUCUUAAUAGUUACACAACCACUCUAGAUUGAGUGUGCUUGUAAUGGCUGUGCCAGGCAAAUAUGUAGAUCACGGUCUGCUGGACCAUGGAGGAAGGAGGGGACUGAGUACUUGGCACAGCCUCCAAUUAGAACCAAGAUCAUGUGAAAAUAACGAACAUACUGUUACAUCAUGUGUGUUUCUACGUGAUGCAUGUGACUUCGAUGUGACUUUCUGCAUACCGAAAUUCCAGUGUGAACUCUGUAUCCUGAACUAUUCUGAUUGGCUUGACAAGGGAUUGGAUUGAUGUGAGACUCCUGGUGACAAAAGCGAAUAUUCUCUCAGCACAUUCAAGUGCCUUAAUGCUAGGUCUCCGGCAAUAAGAACAUUUGAUUGAAAGUCACAGUCAGAAGAAAAGGAGAGCACAAUUUAGUGGUGGUAAAAUGGGAAUGUUCCUGGUGGAACUGCGCCUUGUCAAUCCUUGAAAUUGUCCAUCAUAGUUAAAGCUCUGUUGAACUUUCCAUAUCUGAAGAUGGGUCACUAAGGGUUUUUUCCCCAAGCUUUCCGGUAGCCUCCCCUUUUGUUGCUGCCUCUCCUGUUAUUCAGUGUCUUCUACCCUUUCCCUUCAUUGUCGUCAGUUAACGUCGGAUUUUCUCACCCAAAAAAGAUGCAGGGGGAGGGUUUUUACCUGCAAAUUCUCCACCCUUGCAAUUGUGCUUUGACCCAACCAAGCAGGACGCGUUAAUAUGUCAA